ACAGUGACAACAACACACACUUGAUAAAAAUACAACUCUGAACGAUUGCAACAACUUUGUGAAACAUACAUAAACCACAAGAACAAAAAUACAAUAAAUUAAAUUAUAUAGAAAUAUGCUGAAUAACAAUCGCAGUGCAGUGCAAAAUCAAAGUAAAAUGUGAAAACCAGCGUAUUGACUUAUUCACAUUUGUGGUGGUUGCUCACUACUACAAUUGUAUAUGUGUAUGUAUACACACACAUACGCAGAUAUACAAAUACACAUGAUUUUGCGUAGGAGGUGGUAUCAAAAUAAAAACAACAGCAGUAGCAGCAGCAGCAAUAGCAAUAGCAGUAACAGUAGCAACAAAGAAUUCUUAACCAUAUGCUCGAUGCAUCAUCAGCUCGGUUACGUUCCAUGCGAAUUUCAGUGCCAAUGUCAAUCAGUCAAAGUCAAAGCGAGCUAACGCCUAGCUUCGUAAUUGUCAAUAUCAAUAACAUCCAAAAUAGAAGCAGUUUUCAUUUUCAUUGACCAUAGCAGUCAGCCAAUUUAGCAUAACCAUUAUCAAUAUCAAUAACGAUAACGAUACAACUACAGAUAUCGAUACCUCCCAUUGUAAAUCAGAAACAAGUGUCAACACACACACACACAGACACUGUGACACUCUCAUUCAGAAUAGCAGCCAAGAAAAUAUUUAAACCCAAGGGUCCGCUGUGGAGCGUGUAACGCACUAUGGGCAAUUGCCUGAAAUGCUUCCAGUCGUCGUCUGCCGCACCCACGUUGCCAACAAGCUCCUCAUCACCAAACGCAUUGCACACAAACGCCAACAGCAGCAGCUGCCAAGCGGCCACCAGUAUUGUCAACUGCUACGAUAUUGUUGGUCCAAAUUCAAAUGAACGUUGCGCCAUUUACGACAGGCCACGAGAAACCGAUGAAUUGCUCUCGAAUCGAAAUCCACUCAAGCCAGCAAACAAUUGUGAUACUAAGCGUAAUAGUUUUAAGUCCUUAGGCUUGCUUAAUGGCAGUGCGCCCACCAUGAGCGAAAUUAUAACAACUGCGGUCAAGGAAUCAAUGGAGGUAUCACAUCAAACGCUAAACAAACUAUUCGAUGUGUACAAAGAUCCAGAUGAUGAAGAUAUGAUACUCACUGAUGGCAUUGAACGUUUGUGCAAUGAUCUUAACUAUCAGCCGGAUGAAUUUGCAAUACUUGUGCUUGCCUGGUGCCUGGACGCCUCACAGAUGUGCCGCUUUACCAAAACCGAAUUCAUUGAUGGCCUACACAAAAUGCGGGCAGAUACAAUUGCCAGCAUACGCUUGAGACUUGAACAGACAAUUGAGAUGCUUAAGGUUGAUGCUGAAAUGUUUAAGCAGCUCUAUCGUUUUACCUUUCGUUUUGGCUUGGAGCCAGAUCAACGCGUAUUGUCGCUGGAAAUGGCAAUCGAUUUGUGGAAACUUGUGUUCACUGUACAAAAACCUGAUCUCUUUUCAAACUGGGUAAACUUCCUCGAAAAGCAUCCGAACAUACGCCGCAUACCCAAGGAUACAUGGAACAUGUACCUCAAUUUUACCGAACAAUGUGAUAUAGAAAAUUACGAUGAUACCGAGGCGUGGCCAAGUCUCUUCGAUGACUUUGUCGAAUACGAAAAGAAUCGUAAGACGGAUGUGGCCGUUCACGAUGAUGACAACAACAAUGACGAUCCAUUACAGAGCCAUGUGAAAUCAGGCGUGUCAUAGUUUAAGAUGCAGAUUCAGAUUCAGUAGCCAAACACAUAACCGUCUAGGGCCAAGCAACCAACGUUCAACUCGCCAGUAGUUAUUUAAAGCUGUAUAUUUAAAAACUCGAUAAUCAUUUGCUCUCUCUUUUAAAAUAUCUAAAUGCUGUUAGCAUACGCUUAAUUGUUUAUAAAUUUACCUGUAAACUGUAAUCUGUAGUCAGUUCUGGCCAACGGUCAUAGAUCUACGAUGCGGUGCUGGCGCUGCUUUGAUGAUUCACAACAACCACAAUACAAAACCACCAACACAAUCAGCAAACAAGAACAACAAAUGCACUCAGCUUACCAGUCAGUCGGUCGGCCAGACAGUCAGCCAAUCAGCUAGAUGAUAAUUUACCUUGCAAACAACAUUAAACGCGUAGCAAAAAGGGCAACGGACGCAUUUGUUUAUAAAUUAAAGACUUAUCAACAAGAAUUUUAAAAACGCUCAAUCAUACGAAACCACAUGUGUAUAUAUACUAAAUGACUUGAUCAAGUAGAAGAGCAAACAUCUUUUCAAUGUGUGCAAAUCGUAUAUUAUAUAUAUUAUAUACACAUAGCAAUUAACUGAUGUAUUAAUUAAAAUUGAAAAGAUUGCAACAUUUUAUGGCACUUAACUAUUGAAUUGCAUAUAAAUUACAUACUUAGCUCUAAGUAGUGGAUGUGAAUUAAAUAAACUAAACUUAUGACUCUGUC